AUGGCCAAUCCCUCUUUCUUUGCCGUUGCCCUUUUUGUCUUUCUUUUUGCAUUAAGUACAACUGUGUCCGAGGAGAUAAGGACAGCAUAUAUUGUUCAUAUGAGUAAGUCAAUGAAACCUCUCCAUUUUACGCUUCAUAAGCACUGGUAUACUUCUCUUAUCAAUAAGGUUACUUCAGGUUCAGAUGACAGGAGCCGCUUGCUAUACACAUAUGAUAAAGUUCUCCAUGGAUUUGCUGCCAAGCUAAGCAGUGCAGAGGCUGCAGCAUUAGAGAGCAUGGAUGACUGCUUGGCCGUAAUUCCAUCAUCUGUCCGGCAAAUCCAUACCACCCAUUCACCGCAGUUUUUGGGUCUGGGAGGCCCUAAUAACAUUUUGUGGCCGCCGUCGCAGCACGGCAAAGAUGUGAUUGUGGGUGUGAUCGACAGCGGAAUAUGGCCUGAGAGCGAAAGCUUCGAUGAUAGAAGCCUGGGACCUGUACCUGCAGAAUGGAAGGGCGUAUGCCAAAGUGGGGAGAUGUUCAAUUCCUCUCACUGCAACAGGAAAAUCAUUGGAGCUCGCUAUUUCUUCAAAGGCUACGAAGCAACGAUCGGUAAACUUGGUAAAAGCGAGAUCAAAUCUGCGAGAGACACGGACGGCCAUGGAACACACUGUGCUUCGACUGCUGCGGGGUCGGCUGUGGGUGGCGUGAGUUUCAAUGGCUUCGCCAAUGGAACGGCCAUAGGGAUGGCUCCUCAGGCCAGAUUGGCCGUUUAUAAGGUCCUCUGGGCUAAUCAAGCCGAUGACUGCGACGUAGCUGCCGCCAUGGAAAUGGCCAUUGCAGAGGGCGUGGAUAUAAUUUCUAUGUCCAUUGGCCAUAGGGAUAUAAAUUUGCCGUUUUACCAGGAUUCCUACGCCAUUGGAGCAUUUAAAGCCAUGCGGAAGGGCGUCUCUGUUUCGUUUUCAGCCAGCAACAAUGGACCUGUUGAUUCUACUAUCACCAAUACGGCACCUUGGGUAAUUACAGUUGGGGCCAGCAGUAUGGACAGGCGAUUCCCCGCCACUGUUACACUAGGUAAUCUUGAGAUCUACAGAGGUUCCUCUCUUUCUAAAGCUGGCCAAGUAACUCAACAAUUGCCUCUCGUCUAUAUAUCUCAAAACAAAAGCACCAUGACCUGCGGCUCAGGUCUCGAUCCCAGCAUGGUCAAAGGUAAAAUUGUGCUGUGUGAUCUUGUGUUGAAUAACCCUUACAUUAAUUCCACAGAGGCCGCUCUGCAACAAGCAGUUGGUCUUGUGAACGAAGUUUCAACAGUAGCGAAAGAAGUUGGGGUAACUGCAAUCAUCUUGGCCAGUGACAGAUAUUGGGGAGCGCUCGAAUGGGUUGACAGUUAUGAUCUGCCUUUUAUUAGUGUGAGUUUUUCAGUUGGAGAGAGAAUCAAAAGAUACAUAAACAGUACCCUUAAACCCACUGCCGUCAUAAAGCCAAAAGGAUUGACAGUGGCGGGAAAGGCAAUAAGAGCUCCUCUGGUGGCUUCCUUUUCUGCGAGGGGGCCAAGCCUUGUGUUUCCAGAUAUUCUCAAACCGGAUUUAAUUGCUCCAGGUGUCAACAUAUUGGCAGCGUAUACGGGAGGAGGAUAUAAGCUCGAGUCGGGGACAUCAAUGUCGUGUCCCCACGUAAGCGGCCUUGCAGCGCUCAUACGAAGCGUUCAUCCUUCCUGGAGUCCCGCCGCCAUUAAAUCGGCCCUCAUGACGUCUGCUUACGUCCACGACAAUAGAAAUCAGCCCAUCAGAGAUGCUUUCACAAUGGAAGCUGCAAGUCCUUUCGCUUUGGGCGCAGGGCAUGUAAAUCCAGUGGCUGCCAUUGAUCCGGGGUUCGUCUACGACAUGGGGCCUCCUGAUUACAUUCAAUUUCUCUGUAGUCUCAACUAUACAACCAAACAGAUCGGUCUUCUGAUGGAGGACCACGUAAUCUCCUGUCCUGUAUCAAAUACUUCGGAAGAGAUAGCCGAUCUCAAUUACCCAUCUUUCUCUCUUCUCUUCAACUCUACCAAUUCCACCAAAUUAGGUCAAGUUGUGAGAACAAGAACGGUAACAAACGUGGGUGCCGCCCAUUCGACCUAUAAAGUCCGGGUGAAAAGGCCUUCUGGCAUUAAAAUACGUGUUGAACCGAGGGUAUUGGAGUUCACAGAGAAGAAUGAGAAGCUUCAGUUUCGUGUAAGAUUUGAGAGUGUGGUGAUUGGAAAAGGUGGAGAUAAAAUGUUUGGAGAGAUUGCAUGGGAAUGUGUCCGAGGUGGAACGCAUGUUGUUCGUAGUCCAAUUGUUGUAGUGAGGCAAGGUAAUUGA